GGUCAGCCUUGUACCGUUUUAUUUGCUCAUCAAUGCUCUUUGCAUCACUCAACGAAAAAAAUAUCUGUACUGUGGAUCUAUUAUGCGCGAGGGGCCUUAAACUUGGAAACUAAUUAGCAUUUGCCGAGUCUCCUUGCAGCCUCCUAGAACUGGCGGGAGGGGAAAAUGGAAGAGACGAGCCUGAGAAAAAGGAGGGGGGAUGAGACGUCGAUCCAGAGCAGCGAACCCAAGACCACGAAUCUCCAAAAGGAGCUGGGCCUGUUCAGUGGCACCUGCAUCAUCGUGGGUACCAUCAUCGGCUCUGGGAUCUUCAUCUCCCCCAAGUCUGUGCUCAGGAACAUGGAAGCCGUGGGACCCUGUCUCAUCAUAUGGACCAUGUGUGGGGUUCUUGCAACACUGGGCGCCCUGUGCUUCGCGGAGCUUGGCACGAUGAUCACCAAGUCGGGGGGCGAGUACCCCUACCUGAUGGAGGCCUUUGGCCCCAUUCCGGCAUACCUCUUUUCCUGGAGCAGCCUGUUCGUCAUAAAGCCCUCAUCCUUUGCCAUCAUCUGCCUCAGCUUCUCCGAGUACGUUUGUGCGCCCUUCUACUCAGGCUGCAGCCCUCCCCAAGUUGUCAUUAAAUCCCUGGCUGCCGCUGCCAUCUUGCUCAUCUCCACGGUGAACGCGCUGAGCGUGCGGCUGGGGAGCUAUGUCCAGAACGUGUUCACGGCGGCCAAGAUGGUGAUCGUGGUCAUUAUCAUCAUCAGCGGACUUGUCCUCCUGGCCCAAGGAAAUACGAGGAAUUUUGAAAACUCUUUUGAAGGCGCAUCAUUGUCUGUGGGCUCCAUCAGUCUGGCAUUAUAUAAUGGACUCUGGGCGUAUGAUGGAUGGAAUCAACUCAACUACAUCACAGAAGAACUCAGAAACCCUUUCAGAAACCUGCCCCUGGCCAUCAUCAUUGGGAUCCCACUAGUAACAGGCUGCUACAUCCUCAUGAACGUGUCCUACUUCACUGUGAUGACGGCCACCGAGCUCCUGCAGUCCCAGGCUGUGGCCGUGACGUUUGGUGACCGUGUCCUCUACCCCGCCUCGUGGAUCGUUCCGCUCUUCGUGGCGUUUUCAACCAUCGGCGCAGCUAACGGGUCGUGCUUUACUGCUGGCAGACUUGUUUUCGUUGCGGGCCGGGAAGGCCACAUGCUAAAAGUGCUAUCUUACAUUAGCGUCAAGCGCCUCACUCCAGCUCCUGCCAUCAUGUUUCAUGGCAUGAUAGCGAUCAUUUACAUCAUCCCUGGUGACAUAAACUCAUUAGUCAAUUACUUCAGUUUCGCUGCAUGGCUGUUCUAUGGUUUGACGAUCACCGGACUCAUUGUGAUGAGGUUUACAAGGAAACAGCUGAAAAGACCUAUCAAGGUGCCCAUUUUCAUCCCCAUCUUGGUGACUUUCUUAUCCGUGUUUUUGGUUUUGGCCCCAAUCAUCAGCGCACCUGCGUGGGAAUAUCUCUACUGUGUGUUGUUUAUGCUGAGUGGCCUUGUAUUUUAUUUCCUUUUUGUCUACCAUAAGUUUGGAUGGGCUCAGAAAAUCUCAAAGCCUCUCACCAUGCACCUUCAGAUGCUGAUGGAAGUCGUCCCCCCAGAGGAAGCUCCAGAGUAACAAGCUCUGCCUCUUGUGCCAAAUCCAAGCUGUGAUGAACUUAUUUUUCUAUCCUUAGUUCUCUGGGUGGGUGCUGGCUGAAAUCAGCAGGCAAGGACAUAACCCAGAAGAACGGUGGUGGCGGGAAGGAGUACAUCAGAGCCACUGGCUCCACGCAGCGACUCUAGCAAGGGGCACGUCACACCUGCUUCAAUAAAGGUGUUCUUUCAGCUCCAUCAUCAGAAGGGUAUAUAUACGUAUACACACACACACACACGUAUAUGUAUAUACACACAUACACACAUAUAUACAUUUAAAUAUAAAAUUGAUGGAACUUUGCUUUGAUUGAAAUAGAUUUUUAAAAUAUUCAA